AUGGAUGUGGACGCCGAGGAGAAGCGCCAUCGCACACGAUCCAAAGGGGUUCGAGUUCCCGUGGAACCAGCCAUACAGGAGCUGUUCAGCUGUCCCACUCCUGGCUGUGACGGCAGUGGCCAUGUCAGUGGCAAGUACGCCAGACACAGAAGUGUGUAUGGUUGUCCCUUGGCUAAAAAAAGGAAAACACAAGACAAACAGCCUCAGGAACCUGCUCCCAAGCGGAAACCAUUUGCGGUGAAAGCCGACAGCUCCUCCGUGGACGAAUGCUACGAAAGUGAUGGGACAGAGGACAUGGACGAGAAGGAGGAGGACGAUGACGAUGAGGAUGAGGAGGACGAGGAGGAAGACGAGGAGUUUUCUGAGGACAAUGACGAGCAAGGAGACGAGGACGAGGAGGACGAGGAGGUGGACCGGGAGGAAGAAGAGGAUAUCGAGGAAGAGGAGGACGAUGAGGAUGAUGACGAAGACGGAGAGGAUGAGGAGGAGGAGGAAGAGGAGGAGGAGGAGGAGGAGGAGGAGGAGGAGGAAGAGGAGGAAAAUGAAGACCGUCCGAUGAGCUGCCACGGCACACGCCUGCUGCAGGAUGCGGAGAAGGACGACAACAAUAACGAGGAGUACGACAACUACGACGAGCUGGUGGCCAAAUCGCUGCUGAACCUGGGCAAGAUCGCCGAGGACGCGGCCCACCGCGCGCGGACCGAGUCCGAGAUGAACAGCAGCACCUCCCACAGCCUGGAGGACGAGGGCGGCCAGAGCGAGAGCCUGAGUCGCAAGGGCGAGCUCAGCCUGGACCUGGACAGCGACGUGGUCAGGGAGACCGUGGACUCCCUGAAGCUGCUGGCGCAGGGCCACGGCGUGGUGCUCUCGGAUGGCAUCGGCGACCGCGGCCACGCGGAGGGGAUGGCGCCGCAGGACAGCAGGAGCGUGAACUACGUGGUGCUGGGGAAGCCCGUGAGUAACGGGCUGGGCGAGAGGCUAGGCGAGGAGAGCGAGGAGGAGGUGUGCCUGAGCAGCCUCGAGUGCCUGCGCAACCAGUGCUUCGACCUGGCCCGCAAGCUCAGCGAGACCGACCCCCAGGACCGGGGCCCCCCGCCCAGCGCCAGCGCCCGGCAGCACGGCCGGCCAGAGGACGACUUCCCGGGCAGGACGCCUGACCGGAGCUACUCGGACAUGAUGAACCUCAUGCGGCUGGAGGAGCAGCUCAGCCCCAGGCCCAGAACGUUCUCUAGCUGCGCCAAGGAGGACGGGUGUCCGGAGAGGGACGACGACACCACCUCCAUCAAYUCGGACAGGUCCGAGGAGGUGUUCGACAUGACCAAGGGCAACCUGACGCUCCUCGAGAAGGCCAUCGCCCUGGAAACGGAGCGGGCCAAGGCCAUGAGGGAGAAGAUGGCCAUGGACGCCGGGAGGAGGGACACUCUGAGGUCGUACGAGGACCAGUCUCCGAGACAGCUUCCCGGGGAGGACAGGAAGCCCAGGUCCAGUGACAGCCAUGUCAAAAAGCCAUACUAUGGUAAAGAUCCCUCAAGAACAGAAAAGAAAGAGAGCAAGUGUCCAACCCCCGGGUGUGAUGGAACCGGCCAUGUAACUGGGCUUUACCCGCAUCACCGCAGUCUGUCUGGAUGCCCGCACAAAGAUAGGGUCCCUCCAGAAAUUCUUGCCAUGCAUGAAAAUGUUCUCAAGUGUCCCACUCCAGGCUGCACAGGGCGAGGGCAUGUGAAUAGCAACAGGAACUCCCACAGAAGCCUCUCUGGAUGCCCUAUUGCUGCAGCAGAGAAACUGGCAAAGGCCCAAGAAAAACACCAGAGCUGCGAUGUGUCCAAGUCCAACCAGGCCUCGGACCGAGUCCUCAGGCCAAUGUGCUUUGUAAAGCAGCUCGAGAUUCCUCAGUAUGGCUACAGAAACAAUGUCCCCACAACCACGCCGCGCUCCAACCUGGCCAAGGAGCUCGAGAAAUAUUCCAAGACUUCGUUUGAGUACAACAGUUACGACAACCAUACUUAUGGCAAGAGAGCCAUAGCUCCCAAGGUGCAAACCAGGGACAUAUCCCCCAAAGGAUAUGACGAUGCGAAGCGGUACUGCAAGACCGCCAGCCCCAGCAGCAGCACCACCAGCAGCUACGCGCCCAGCAGCAGCAGCAACCUGAGCUGCGGCGGCGGCAGCAGCGCCAGCAGCACGUGCAGCAAGAGCAGCUUCGACUACACGCACGACGUGGAGGCCGCGCACAUGGCGGCCGCCGCCAUCCUCAACCUGUCCACGCGCUGCCGCGAGAUGCCACAGAACCUGUCCACCAAGCCACAGGACCUGUGUGCCGCGCGGAACCCUGACAUGGACGUGGAUGAGAAUGGCACCCUGGACCUCAGCAUGAACAAACAGAGGCCUCGGGAUAGCUGCUGCCCCGUCCUGACGCCUCUGGAGCCCAUGUCCCCUCAGCAGCAGGCAGUGAUGAGCAGCCGGUGCUUCCAGCUCAGCGAGGGCGACUGCUGGGACUUGCCAGUGGACUACACCAAGAUGAAGCCCCGACGGGUGGACGAGGAUGACCCCAAAGAGAUGGCCCCAGAAGACCUGGACCCGUUCCAGGAGGCUCUGGAAGAAAGAAGGUACCCUGGGGAGGUGACCAUCCCGAGCCCCAAGCCCAAGUACCCCCAGUGCAAGGAGAGCAAAAAGGACCUAAUAACUCUGUCCGGCUGCCCACUGGCUGACAAAAGCAUUCGAAGUAUGCUGGCCACCAGUUCACAAGAACUCAAGUGCCCCACCCCUGGCUGUGACGGUUCUGGACACAUCACYGGCAACUAUGCUUCCCAUAGGAGCCUUUCAGGGUGUCCAAGAGCAAAAAAAAGUGGCAUACGGAUAGCACAAAGCAAAGAAGAUAAAGAAGACCAGGAGCCCAUCAGGUGUCCUGUCCCAGGCUGUGACGGUCAGGGCCACAUCACUGGGAAGUAUGCGUCCCACCGCAGCGCCUCGGGGUGCCCCUUGGCGGCCAAGAGGCAGAAAGAUGGGUACCUCAAUGGCUCCCAGUUCUCCUGGAAGUCGGUCAAGACGGAAGGAAUGUCCUGCCCCACGCCGGGGUGUGACGGAUCAGGGCAYGUCAGCGGCAGCUUCCUCACACACCGCAGCCUGUCAGGAUGCCCGCGGGCGACAUCAGCCAUGAAGAAGGCCAAGCUGUCUGGAGAUCAGAUGCUGACCAUCAAGCAGCGUGCCAGCAAUGGAAUAGAAAAUGACGAGGAGAUCAAGCAGUUGGAUGAAGAAAUCAAGGAGCUGAACGAGUCCAAUUCCCAGAUGGAGGCAGACAUGCUCAAGCUCAGGACUCAGGUAACGAUCACCACGAUGGAAAGCAACCUGAAGACGAUCGAGGAGGAGAACAAGGUCAUCGAGCAGCAGAACGAGUCCCUGCUGCACGAGCUGGCCAACCUGAGCCAGUCCCUGAUCCACAGCCUGGCCAACAUCCAGCUGCCUCACAUGGAUCCAAUCAAUGAACAAAAUUUUGAUGCUUACGUGACUACUUUGACGGAAAUGUAUACAAAUCAAGACCGUUAUCAGAGUCCAGAAAAUAAGGCCCUACUGGAAAAUAUAAAGCAGGCUGUGAGAGGAAUUCAGGUCUGAACAGCUGCUCUAGUGGCGAGACUCAUGCUAAGAAAGGACGCCUCUUGGUUUCGGCUGCUGUGACUUGUUGCCAGACAGCGUUCUAUUUAUUUCUGUCGGAACAGUGUUAUGCUUACGAGACUCCACACGGUUUUGUGUCUUGCUUUAAGAUAGCACCUGCAGAAUAGUUUUUGAACACAUUCACAUUUUGUACGUUUUCCUAAGAGCUGACGUAGUGUGAUCUGCCGUGUAAUGUUUAUAGCUGCUACUGUAUGCACACUGGGGGUAUAUAUAUUUCUGAAGAGGUAAGCUGAUCAAAAUAAAUAGAGUGUAAAUUCUUUUUAAUGCUUUAGUGAUUAAAUGUUUUAGUAUUUUGAACUGAAAUGGACAAAAAAGAAAAAGAAAAAAAAACAGCUUUGAAUGACCAUGUUGUGGCCCCAUGGCCACUUUUUAGACAUUAUCAUUUUGCCUCGUGUUGGAGGACUUUAUGGAAUUUAAGAAAUACAUUUUGUGUGCAUAUUGUUUCAUAGCGAGAAUUGGUUGCAAAAUGCUUUAUUUUUGAACAAUGCUUGGAAAUAUUAUGUGAUUUUUUUGUUUGUUUGUUUUAGGAGGAUGGUGUAUGGUGGGGGCAAUAAAUGAGGUUUUUUGCAUUCCAAGGAAAUGGCAUAUGGAUUAACUGUAAGAAAUGAAAUAAGUAAUUUAUUGUAAGACAACAUCAAGCCAUGGAAACUUGGCAGAAGAUUCAAAGCAGCUUAAGCAGCACUUUUAAAUUAACUCCUAAACAUUACAUGGUGUGACUCUGGAGACUUCCGUUAAGACAGGACCUUGUCAGAGGUGGACAGCACGAAGAUUUCCUUUUGCGUUCUCAGUACCCUCUGGAACAACCUUCUCUUAUCUCUCCUAGAGUCCCGUGCCCCUCUGAACUGUUCCCGCAACAUAGUUUACCUAACAGAAGUUGUGUGCUUUCAAUUUGAGCAAAAAGAUAAUUUAAGAGCAUUUAUUUCCCCUUUUCACUUUUAAAAAAUCAUUAUCGUUGCUAUUCUCAUUUCACGUUUGAGGGACAAAAGCUGACGGCUGUGAGCACUCUGGUUUCUGGACUGAAUUUCCUGCUGGACGGUGGGAAAGCAGCUCUGUAAAGUUUCCCACCCCUCGCCCCACCCGACCCUGACUCUGAAUCGGCUCUGGCCCUAUUCAGAGCGCUCUGAGAACGACGGACGCUUACGCUCUGCCCUCGCGGGUCCAGGUGACCACAGAGCAUUGCCUAGCCUUGUUGGUUAUUGUGCCCUAUGCUGAGAAUGAAUGCAAUCAGAGUUUAACCUGACUAAUAUACUGCAGCACUUUUUGCUUUGAACUAGGUCAUCUUAGACUUCUUACACCUUCAGGAUUGGAUUGUUUGACUCCAAUGACUGCACUAUCUGUAUGCAUAAGACCACUUUUGACGGCUGCGUUCCCCUUCUAAGUAGUCUUUUGACGAUGUGUUGUGUUUCCUGAUGUUGAUUUCUUUUAGUAGCAUCUCUCCUUCCAUGUCUUGAUGUUAUGCAGGAAGUACAAAAGUACUUUAAAAUUUUGUUAUGAAAAAAAAGAUGGGUUUUGUAAAAAUUAAAAAAAAAUAUUUUUAGCAGAACAGGACUUACAGGGUCAUUGUCCCCACAAUGUGCCAGUCGACUAUUUGCACUUACCUUGUCCUAUUAUCCGUACGGAGGUGUGCAAUUCCUGUGUCGGUCGCCUCGCGACAUGAAGCUGGACGGAUGAGAGCGGAGGCCCCCCCGGCUGACCCACCGCGUAGCCCAGGGAGACUACAGGGAUCUCACGACGAACAUUCUGAUACAAUACUCGACCUCGGUAUAUAUAUGUGUAUAGAUGUGUGUACAUCCCAGCGGCACUUUAUACUGUUCACUGUACAGACGCCUACAGUUCUCCAGGACGGUCAUUCCURGCUGGGAGAAGACGACGUCACUGCUCGGCGCCCUGGCACGCCCCUUCUGUUGUGCGACUAGUCCUAGCUGCCAUGCUCAGAAAUGCCUUUUGAGAGCAGAAGCAAGGUGCUCACUGUCACCUGAUGCCAUACACGGUCCGGGCCUCGCCUCGGAGGGCCCCUGUUCAUAGCGGCACACGCAUUCCCUCGCGUCUCGUCUGCAGCUUCUCGGCCAAUGUAGUAUGCUUUUAGUAGAGUAAUAGGUAGUAUCGGUUUGGAUUCUCAUUGUCAUCCCCCAUGUACAAUGGAAAGGGACACUAAGCACAAACCUGCUGCUCAUGUAACGUUGGUACAUAAUCAAUCAGAGUCAUCUGUGACUGUUGUAUAGGGAUCACAGUGCCACCUGUUAGAAUGCUGACCAUAUGGGCUAUUGUGAGUUACCAGAGCUUAUUUAUUAUAACUUAUUGUUCAUAUUCAUUUGAGUUAAUUUAAGCAAUCAUUUAUCAAGACAGAAUUUUGUAUAAACUAUUUAUUGUGCUCUCUGUGGAACUGAAGUUUGAUUUAUUUUUGUACUACACGGCAUGGGUUUGUUGACACUUUAAUUUUGCUAUAAAUGUGUGGAAUCACAAGUUGCUGUGAUACUUCAUUUUUAAAUUGUGAACUUUGUACAAACUUUGUCAUGCUGGAUGUGAACACAUCUUAUCUAAAUAAAGAGGUGUUGCCAC